CUUUCUUAUUUCUUUUGCGCCCUUUUGUUUAAAAUGUGAUUAUACAUGUGAUAUUCAUUUCUUGCAAUUUUUAAGACUUACUUCAUUGGAAUCUACUUCAUGCAAUUUUAUGCUAUUGUUAUUGUUUGUUUCAUGAAUUCAACUUCUUCUUCUUUUUUCUUAUCUCAUGUUUUUAGGGAUAAUUUACAUGGUAUAAACUUAUGAUUCAAAUAAUUGGUAUAACUUCUUAAUUCAUGUUUGUUUCAUAGAAUCAAAUGAAUUUUUAUAGUAUCGUGAUUGGGAAUUUGGAAUAAAUGACCUGUAUCCCUAGUCUGGCAAUAAUAGUAGGGACAUUUCGACUUAUGCACUAUUCUAUACAACUUGAACCACAGCUCUUUUACUAGUAUAAAAAAAUGUGACAUUUUGUAUAAAAAUUGCUGUCAGUAUUUCUAAUGACAUCUAUGGUCCGUUUAGUUAGUAGUACUAAAUAGUGGUAAUGGUAAUGCUUUUAGUGUAAUUUUGUGAAGACAUGGCAAUGUUAGCAUCCAUCGUAAUGAAAUUUGAUGUCAAACAUUUGUUUACCUUCAUAGAUUUUCAUUGACAUCCAAUAACAACUUCUCAAGUGGUAAUGGAUGGUAAUAAAAUUUUAAGAAGAAAAUAGGUGUUUUGUGAUAAAGUAGUAUGAUCAUGAAUGUUGACAUGAGAAUGUCUACACAAAUUUACACUAUAAAUCAUUACCAUUACCACCAUUUACUACCGCUAAUCAAACGAGCCACUAGUACUCUGAGAAAAGGAAUGGGUGGAGAAGGUUGUUCUGUAUCUUUGACUGAAAACUAGAAAGUGGCACACAGCUAGUAAGUAGUAAGACUGAAUUUUUGGCGAUGCCAUACAAGAUACGAAGAUGAAUCUUAUAGCGAGGCAUUUGUGUUUUUAAGAUAAUUUUGAAUCGUUGUAUUACAAAAUGAAGUGAAAAUUGUUAGUUAUGCAGUUCACACGAGAAUUGUACAUGCAGAUAGCUCUACUUUUGAAGGGGCGACUGCCCACAAGUAGUUGCGAGGUAGUGGCAAAACUUGUCAAAGAUUGCAAAUGGGAGUCUCACUCGGUAUUAUUUCCUCAAGAAACCCACUUCACCCGCAGACAGUUAUGUACUACUUCUUCAUUGGUCGCGAUUUUAACAUUCCAGCAGGCCACAAUAUUAGAACCAGUUAAUGCUGUGGAUAAAGCCAAUAUCAAAGAGGAUGAUGAGGGCGUAUUUGGCACAAUCAACUCAUUGUUUGAUCCUAAUGAAAAAACUAAGUCAGGCAAAGUGUUGCCUAAAGCCUACUUGAAGUCAGCUAGGGAGGUUUUGAAUACUCUACGAGAGUCGUUGAAGGAAAAUCCAAAAGAUAUGGCUAAAUUUAGACGAACUGCCGAUGCUGCAAAGGAAUCGAUUCGAGAUUAUUUAAGUAACUGGAGGGGGCAACAAGCUGUAGCAAAAGAGGAAUCUUAUAUGGAGUUGGAGAAGGUUUUUAGAACUCUUGCCAGCUUUUAUGCAAAGGCAGGUCCGUCAGCUUCUCUCAGCGAUGAAGUGAAGUCCAAAAUCUUGCAUGAUUUAGAUAUUGUUGAAGAAUUUUUGUAGCUGCACAUACUUGCCUGUACAAGUUGCAUUCCAGGUUAUUCGUGUCUUAACACAUUCUUCACUGAAAGAGCUGUAAUAUAAUUUUUCUGCUACA